AUGGCGUAUAGUGAGAUUCAAGGCCUGACCUCUCCAUUUGUCGAUGGUAUGUAUGAGUUACUCAACGCGACACUUGAUGAUUCUGAUAUCAUCAUCAUGCAAUAUGCAGCAUCUUUGAAGGUUGUAGCGGAUGAGGAGAGGGCAAUAGUUGAAGCGUUGGAGAAGCAGUUCUCUGAAGUUCUAUCUCCGUUAAAGGAAAACAAGAUAAUUCCCCUGAAAUACGUUCAAAGAUUGACCAAAAAAGACACAUAUGACCUCUACUCUGUUCCAACAGAGCUUGGGGUUCUUCUAAAUUCCAUGAAAACAGUGGUUAAUGAAUUACAUUCAAGUAUCGAGAACCGGUUCAAAGUGUGGAACUCUUAUUUCCCUGAGAAGUUACAUGGAAGCGCUCCUGGAGAAACUUGCAGAGAAUGUCGGUUACUCCUUUUUGAAAAGCGAUUAGAUGACUGA